AUGUCGCUCGAGGACCUACCAAUACAUCUGUGGUCGGACUCUACGGUCACAUUAUCAUGGAUUCGGGGCCACCCUGCUCAGUGGAAGACUUACGUGGCCAACAGGGUGUCUGAAAUCCAGACUACACUUCCGGGCGCUUCAUGGCAUCACAUCGCGGGAACGCAGAAUCCUGCAGAUCUGGCCUCUCGAGGAGCUCCGUCUACACCGGCGACGCAAUUGAUGGGCGAUCUACCAGUGGUUCGAGUCCAGCAGUGUCGGCCGUCCAUGCACACCGGGCUUGACUAUGCUGGGCCUAUUCAUCUUAAGUGUUCCAGGGGACGUGGCUUAAAGACGUUCAAGGGAUACAUUGCUAUCUUCGUUUGCUUGCCUACCCGGGCGGUGUGUCUGGACAUGGCAUCUGGUUACUCCGCGGCGGACUUCUUGCUCGUAUAUCGGCGUUUUGUCUCCCGAAGAGGAAUUUGUGCAACUCUUUACAGUGACUCCGGCACCAAUUUCGUGGGUGCAAGCAGGGAACUCAAAAGGCUUUUCAAUCAGGCUCAGCCUCGCCAACGCAAUAUCGCCCACCUUUUGGCUAACGAGGGUACUGAAUGGAAAUUCAAUCCACCAGGUGCGCCACAUUUUGGAGGUAUAUGGGAGGCCGCGGUGAAGAGUACGAAGCAUCACCUGAAGCGAGUGAUAGGUGAAGCUGUUCUCACUUUCGAGGAAUUUUCGACGCUGUUGGCCCAGAUAGAGGCUUGCCUGAACUCUCGGCCUCUUCAACCACUCACGGACGAUCCCUCGGACUUGACGCCAUUGACGCCGGCGCAUUUCUUCCUCGGAACUUCAUUGAGCACUCUUCCGGAGCCCUCGACAUUGGACGUACCAAUUUCACGUCUGUCUCGUAUGCAGCUGCUCAGAAACAUCUACGAGCAAUUUUGGUCUCGAUGGUCAACGGAGUAUUUGCAUAGCCUGCAACUUCGCCCAAAAUGGCAAAGGAAGGAUGUACAGAUCGAGGUGGGCAGGCUGUGCGUUAUUCGCUCCGAACUAAUGCCUCCUUGCAAGUGGCUUCUGGCCCGCAUUAUCGAGGUGUUUCCGGCAAAAGAUGGAUUGAUCCGUGUCGUCAAGCUGAAGACGGCUAAUUCUGUGCUCAUGCGUCCGGUGGCCAAGAUUAGCGUUUUGCCUCUCGAAGAAAAUUAUUCGCGCAAGAUUGGCGAAGGCGGGCGGAAUGUUCGGGUUUAUUGUAGUAAUGUUAAAGCCGUAGCGGCCGAAUGUAAACAUUAA